AUGGCCUGCUUCUGGUUUCUGUAUGCAAUACUCCCGCUGUGCCUCAGGCGAUUCUGCUCCGAUCGACGCUCCCCCGUAGGUUUGAUGGACUGGGACAAUGGCGAACAGGAUGACAGCAAAUCUGCUACGAGUUAUAAUAAACCACUGAGUGGCUCUUCGGACUAUCAAACUCCAAUACUAUUAUUCUAUGAGAAAGACCAGCCAAACCUGCCGGCCCUAGUGAAGAGUCAGAAAUAUAGUUUAUUUCCAAAACAGUCCAAGCCCUCCUCGGCCCCCAAGAUACAGCGCAUUAAAUUAUCUUCACCCGCGGACUCGGGAGAAGAGGCUAUGGCGGCAAUAUCAGAAAUCUUGGGCAAGGACCAGGCCCUAAUAGACUGA